AAUAAAAAUAAAAAUAAAAAUAAAAAUAAUAAAACCAAAAAAAAAACAGGGGCAAAACCGAAACAAAAAACCCAAAUUUAUUACAGCGCUGAAGUGCUGAAGAUCUUCGAACCUCUGCGGCGCGGUCGCUCACCGGAGGAGGAGCUCUCCGCCGCCGCCGCCGCCGCCGCCGCCGCCGCCGCCGUCAUGGAUGCCCGCGAGGAUGACGAGCACGACUCCAAGGAGAACGUCCUCAUGCGCUACUUCCUCCAAGAAUGGGAGGUCGUCAAAUCCAUCCUUCACAGGAUCGUCGCCGAUGGCCGCGUCUCCAACCCCUCCGACGUCCACAAGAUCCGCUCCAUUGUGGAUAAGUAUCAAGAACAAGGUCAGCUGUUAGAGCCUUAUCUGGAGAGCAUUGUUUCUCCUCUGAUGCUUAUAGUGCGAUCGAGCACAAUGAAACUAGCUGAUGUGUCUGAUGAAGCUCUUGAAAUCAUCAAGCCUAUAUGCAUUAUCAUCUACUCUCUGGUUACUGUUUGUGGGUAUAAGAGUGUUAUCAAGUUUUUUCCACAUCAAGUUUCAGAUCUUGAACUUGCUGUCUUUCUGUUGGAUAAGUGCCACCAUUCAGCUUCAGGGACAUCUUUGCGUCAAGAAAGUACUGGAGAGAUGGAGACAAAAUGCAUCACGCUCUUGUGGCUUUACAUACUUGUUUUAAUUCCUUUUGAUAUAUCUUCAGUUGACACAAGUAUGGCAAACAAUAACUACCUUGGAGGAUUGGAGCUAUCACCAUUGGUCCAUAGGAUAUUGGAUUUUUCCAAGGACUACCUUUCAAGUGCUGGUCCUAUGCGUCGAAUUUCUGGAUUACUGCUUUCAAGGCUUCUAACUCGUCCAGAUAUGCCAAAAGCUUUUAACAGCUUCACUGGAUGGGCACAUGAAGUCUUGGUAUCCAUUGCUGAUGAUGAUGUGGACCACUUUCAGUUGCUUGGUGUUGUAGAAGCUUUAGCUUCGAUAUUCAAGGUUGGUAGUCGAAAAGAUUUGGCCAAUGUGGUUCCUACUAUUUGGAGUGAUAUUGCAUUAUUGAUGAAGUCUACAACCGCUGCUCGCAGUCCUUUACUUCGGAAGUUCAUUGUAAAACUAUCACAACGCAUUGGUCUUACUUGCUUGCCUCAUCGUUCCUCGUCAUGGCAUUAUCAGGGUAUCUGUAGCUCAUUAAGUGUAAAUGUUUCAAUGGAUUAUGCUGGAAAAGCUAGUUCCAGUGUUCUAGAGAAAUCUUCAGAUCAUUCUGUUGAUUUGCAUGCUGCAAGUUACCAAGAUGAGGAUAUUGAAAUUCCAGAAACUGUGGAGGAAAUAAUCGAAAUGCUACUAUCUGGCUUGAGAGAUUCGGACACAGUUGUGCGCUGGUCUGCUGCUAAAGGGCAUUGGUCGGAUAACUGCACGCUUAACAUCUGCCCUGUUAGAGGAUGUGUUGUCUUCAAUAUUGGAGUUGUUUACACCAGGCGAGUAUGUCAGUUUUUCAUGGAAGAAGGGGGCAGCUUUAUGAUGUUAAUUGUGAAUUUAAAGGGAGAUGGUUCAUGGCACGGUGGUUGCUUGGCUUUGGCAGAGCUUGCUCGCAGAGGAUUGUUGUUACCUGUCAGCUUACCAAAAGUUGUUCCUUUCAUUGUAAAGGCAUUGCAUUAUGACAUCCGAAGAGGACCACAUAGUAUUGGAUCUCAUGUACGUGAUGCUGCUGCAUAUGUGUGCUGGGCGUUUGGUCGUGCUUAUUCCAAUUCAGAUAUGAGAAGUAUUUUGGAACUGCUUGCUCCACACCUUCUUACAAUUGCUUGCUAUGACAGAGAGGUUAACUGUAGAAGAGCAGGUUCAGCUGCUUUCCAAGAAAAUGUUGGAAGGCAGGGCUCCUUUCCUCAUGGCAUUGACAUUGUGAAUACAGCAGAUUAUUUUUCUCUUGCUUCGCGAACGAGUUCUUAUCUAAAUGUUGCUGUUUCCAUUGCUCAGUACAAAGAGUAUCUCUAUUCUUUUGCGGAAGAACUAAUACACCACAAAAUUUCUCAUUGGGAUAGAAACUUGAGGGAAUUGGCUGCAGAGGCUCUUUCUGCUCUUGUCAGACAUGAUCAAGAAUAUUUUGCAGGCUAUGCCCUUGAGAAAUUAAUUCCCUGCACUUUGUCAUCAGAUUUGUGCAUGCGCCAUGGUGCUACAGUAGCUGCUGGAGAACUUAUUCUUUCUUUGCAUCAGUGCGGCUUUAACUUUUCUGUUGGAGGACUUCAUGGCCAUGAAGGGUUGCAAGCUUCCUCAAAGACCUUGGAAGAGAUCCAAGCUCAUCCAAAAAUGCCUUAUCUUAUUGCAUUGUUAUUAGAAGUCAAGGUUGAUGAGGAGAUUGAAGUCUUGGACAAAGGUGCAUCAAUGUUGGAGGAGUAUAGGGAUGUGAUACCUGAUGUACUUUUUAAGGUAGAGAACUGA